AUGCUAAAGCGCAAAGCGGUCAGACGUUGUUCUGCACAUUAUUAUGUGACUGCUGAAGACCACGUGGAAAACGAAGUAAAACACGAAAAACUUCUAACAGAAACUUCUCGAUUAUCAUCUUCAUGGGCUGGUCUAAGUGUUUCAUGCAGUGAAUCUAGCGAUAGAGAUUGUUCAUCGUCUUCCACAUCUGUGAAUAGCAGUCCUAAUCAUCGUCCAAGUUCUUUCAGUGGGCCUCUAGUAAUUUCCGUCACUUGUUCUUAUCCUAUCUGCUCCGGAGUUAGCAACUGUGGUCCUUCUGUUGCCACUGGUUCUAGUAAGGGUAUGCCUUCGAGUCCUCCUCAUUUUCCUCGAUCAUCUUCUUGCUAUCCGUCACCGGUUGCAUCACCUGUCUCUUCACGCGUUCAGUGUUAUUCACCUUCUUUACCAACCUCAACUGUUUCUCCCAAUCCCCGUCGAUUUAGCAAUACCGGUGGUGCAAGUCCUUUGCUUGUUUCAGCUGCUCUUGGACGCAAACGAGGGUAUUUGUCUUGUGUGUCUGGGGGUGCAGGUUCUAGUGAUGAUGCUAGUCGUGAGGGAUCACCAGAAUCUUCAUGUUGCCACAGAAAUAACAAAUCUUCAUGUCAAAAUGAUGUCCGGAUAUGUAGCAGUGGCACAAAUCCAUAUUCUGACUUCCCCUAUUUCCGUUGGCCACCGAGUUUACCUGUAGUAUCGAGUCCUUCUAGCCCAUCAUGUCAACUUUUUUCUGUGGCUACAAACUCCAAUAACUCCAGUAGCCCAUCUUCAAUUCCUCCUUCUCCUCAUGUCCUGCCCUCAUCUCCUAUAUCUUAUAUCUCUCAUUCUUCAAUAACAUCCGGUGUUGUUGAAUGUACACGCUCUCCAAACGACCUUAAUGUCUCUAAUGCAUUAAGUACAAAUGAGAUUACGGAUUCUAUGAUGGACUUAGAUGUUAAGAAGUGUUCUACUUCAAAUUAG